AUGAAUUCCGACGUCAAUCGACACAGCACCCCCAGUGAUGCUGACACCUGUACACCGAAAUUCAAGGAUGCAAAUUCAUUCGACGAAUACGUUUGUUCUCUACAGGCUGGGGGCACAACGACAGAAGAGGUACUUCGAGAAGUCUUACUGUGCCUAACUAAAGAUACGAGGCAUGGCCUACUGCCAUCAUCCCUCACAAAGUCGUUUGCAAAAGGAGAUGCACAAGAUCAAGCCCUUCAAGAAAUAUCAUCUUAUAUGCAUACAGAUCUGUAUAACAAGAAGUACGUCUUCAUUGUUUCGCCUUUGGAUUCCGUUACAUGCCCUCUCGCGGUAUGUGCUGUCUGCCCAACCGAAUGCACUAUAGCCGUCAGCGGAGUGGGCGAAUCGCAUUUGCGAAUGCAGGAGUUUCUAUCGAGUAUGAUUGUCGCCAUCCAACCCAUUAUACAACAAGAAAAAUCUGGAUACGCUGUGAAGUUGAUGAGACUGCUCCCGAUUCACCCCCCUCCUGAUGAUCUAUGCCUUUUUCUCGCGCGCAACGCCUUUAAACUAAUCGGAAACGAGACGGAAUUGCCUUCGUUCGGGAUCGACCGAAAGAAUACAGGAAAGGGAUUCCUGGACGAAUGGCAUGCAAUAAAUGCCAAAGACGUCGAGGAUGUUGACGUUGAGGACGUUGACGAUGAGGGAGACAAGGAUGAAGAACGUCCUGAAGCCAACUGGAAAGACGACGAAGACUCGUCAAAAUUCUUCGACUUGGAUGACUUGGACAAUAGAAUGUCCAAAAUUGACUUGGGGGAUGACGCUAGGGUCAAGGCCAUCGUUGCCAGUGCCUUGAAGGAUGGGGAAAGAGAUGCCAUGGUAUUGACAGAUGAUCAUGAAACACUCAUACUUGGCGAUCUUCCUGACAAUCAAGCUUCAGUGACCAUGAUGAUGAGCGAUCCCGAAAUCUAUGAAGCAGUCCUCACUUUCCGGGCCCGCAUACAAGAAGUCGUCGACCGACUUGUGGUAUUCGCCCUUUGUUUAGAAUAUCCGAAUGAGCUUCCUGUUUUUCAAGUCUUUGCCAUGUUCUGUAUGGCUAACGCGGACAAAAACCAUAGAAGUAGACUCGUUCGGUUACUGACACAUGCGUCGGUGAUCCCAAUUGGACUCCAGUAUACACUGGGAUUACAGAAAUGGACUGUUGAUCAGUUCGAUGUAAUGACCAAGCUCGUUGCGAACGAAACCAAGCACUUCCUUACAGCCUAUGGAGGCGUAGCACACUGCUCAAAUAUGGUUACUUUCUUCUAUGCCGGUAGCGCAUCAUCGACCAUUUAUUCGAAUUCUCUGGUGGGCGAGUCCAGAAGGAUGAGGGACCAUCACACCAUGAUGCAGAAAGGUCCAGAGAAUAUUAGAGAACUCCGAAAGCGAGGUGAUGGACAGUGUCUAUUUGUUCACGAGAAGAUGGCCGAGUCUGGCGAUGACUGGUUCUUCUUUCCCAUGUUCCGAUAUCCUCUCAAGCAUGACGACCCAACGGCUCUGCACAAGAGUGCCUUGGCUCUUUUCGCAGAGAACUGUAUGAUGAUCUUUCUUUCCUGCAAUAAGAAGAGAUACACUACUCGCAAGCAUGGAAACCAAUGGUUCGCAGAUGUCAGUCACAAGAUCUUACACACCCUGAGGCCGAAGGACUUCCCAGUUCCUCCAUGGGAUGGUGCCAACAUCGCCUUGCCCAUGUUACAGUCGCCUAGCUGCAUGUGGAAUCUCUUUAAUGGUCGGCUCAAGAAUGUUCAACUUACUCCAGCUUUGCAGGCUACGUUAGAACGACAUUUCCAGUCCGAUCCUCGACCCUGGCUUUCCUUCGACACAUCACGCCUUAUAUUGAAGGAACACGGGUACACCGCUGGGCCACCCAGUAUCCGAGCUCUCGCAGACUUUUAUGCAGGGCUCUUGAAGAAACACGGCAUAGAGUAUGAGAACAAGCACCAGAGAUACCUGCAGAGAUAUUCUGUACUAUAUGUGGGUAUCAUCAAAGUGGUUGAGGACUUGGGGCAAGUGAGGCGUUCUGUUGACGGUAGUUACAUGUUUGAUGCAGAUAAUGUGCCGUGGGACAAAGUGGCACAAGUCGCUCAAAGCUUGGUGUCUGACGACCAACGUGGAAACUACUCAGCAGACGCUUGUAAGUUACUGUACAAGAGCCACAAGAGUGCCUAUUUUAAGCAGCAGGUCUUAAACCCGAGUAACUGGGAGAGAUUGAGACUCGGCGUCCCAGAAGCAUUUGCGCACACUAGGCCAAGAGCAAGAUUUGGAAAACGCAUGAAUGACAGGAUCUGGGUCGUUUGUCGGCAUUUCCUCUACAAUCACCUGGUAACAGCGCAAAAAAUUGAGGAGACAGACGACAACUCCAUCCGACUUCGUUUCAUCGAACGCGCAAGAGUGGAAUUUUUACUGGAGGAAGUUAUCGAACAGCUGCAGAAAGAUGUCGCCCUCGAUCCUGAGAUCCGUAGCGCCGAGGGAGCAUGGGAGAACGAGUCUCUCAAGGCAAAGAUCAUGUGGGAUCUUUAUUCUGGCUAUCACGAGCUUGAGACUGGAGUGCAUCGAGACAUAUAUGUUUCGACAAAGCAAAGGAAGGAAUCGGAACCUGACAAGCAAGAUCCUGGAACAAGAGCAAAAUUGGAGCGCCUUAUGGCCAGCCAUGUUGACCCUGGUCUGGUGGCUGCCCAGACGGCUCCCCGAAUGAGCACUGGCACUCCAGAGACCUCUUAUCAGAUAGGGCCUGGUGAUGUCGAGCCCUUCACCGCGUUCCAGCUACAGGACAAAGGCCAUGGAGCACCAAAAGUCUUGUUUCAAGGCCGCUCAGGGCAGCUUGCCUCAGGCAGUAACUCGAGUACACUGCCACCUCGCCAGUCAACAACCCGAAAGAAUAGGGCCCCAUGGGUCGAUGAUAUCUGUCCGGAUUGCGGUGAAAAGGUAGAAGCCGGCAAUGCAAGAGCUGGGCACAAACGAAAGUGCUUAGGCAGGUGUGACCGAUGUACACAAGAGGGCCUGGUUUGCAAGCUGGUAAAAAAUGGCCGUGGCACCUGUGAAGAGUGCUACAACAACUCCCUCGAAUGCACAAGACCAUACAUUACCACAAUGGGUCUUUUUGGUGCUGGUAUUUGCGAAAGGUGUGAAGAGUGGAAGCGUGAUGUGAAACGGCAUCAGAAAUCAUGCGAUGGCUCCAUUGAACCCGGUGACGGCUUUGAAUCGCGUAAAAAAACAUGCGAGGAUUGUGAGGCACAAACAACAGAGUUGCCAUGGCAGGUGCACCAACUGCAAGAAUCGGGAGCCUUUGGGGUCUUGCACGCGCUUGACAAGCUCAAAAGAAUCAUGCAAAGAGUGUAA